CCUAGCUUCACCAUAGGAAUCGUUUCUGCUUCUGGCAACUUUCCUACGGGAAGUUCACGCGCCAUGGAGAGCCGACGGACUCCGCGCAUCAUCCUGAACUGAACUUCGAUGAAACGCCAUCUCGCUUCCGCAGCGUAGCCUAGAGCUUGACAAUGAGACUUUAUAAGGGCGAGCGCUUCCACCACACUCUACCCACUCCGAGCACACGAUGGUUCUCAAGCUGUACGGCUUCCCCCGAGCGUCUGGGGCCACCCGCGCCGUUCUCGUGACUCUACUGGAGAAACAAGUGCCGUUCGAGCACUGCAUCGUCGACGUCCAGAACGGCGAGCUUCUCUUGCCCCGAUUUAUUGCGAUGCAGCCAUUUAGCCAGUACCCCGUUAUUGACGACGACGGGCUUAUCGUGUACGAGUCGCGUGCAAUCUGUCGGUAUCUGGAAGACAAGUACCCCGCGCAAGGCACGAGGCUGGGUCCGCCCAGCGGGGACCUUCGCGCCCGCGCCCGCUUCGAGCAGGCUAUGUCGGUGGAGACGUUCAACUUCCAUCCGCAUGUGCACACCGUCUAUUUCGAGCGGAUCAACAAACCCUUGCGAGGCUUGCAAUCCGAUGAGGCCGCUAUUUCGGAGGCCCUCCAGAAGCUCGGGAAGACGCUGGAUGUGUAUGAUCUCAUCCUCGGAAAGACACGUUUUCUCGCUGGAGAUGAAUUCACACUCGCAGAUCUUUUCCACCUCCCUUUUGGGGGCUUGCUGUCCUUGAACGGCGGAUCCGACAUCAUGUCGAGUGAAGCGAGGCCGAAUGUUGCGCGCUGGUGGAACGAGAUCCAUGCCAGGCCGACCGUGCAGAGAUUCCCGCAAGCGACGCCCAUUGCCAGCGUCGACUCAUACUGAUUGGGAAUCGAAUCGAGGCUGCCUUCGACUUGAUACAGCAAUCCGUAAUAGGGCUGCUAUAUACUCGAUUAAUUCAGUAUCGGUUCGAUUAGGCAAUGAUACUCGAUCGCGACUUCGAUCCGCCAUCAGAUCGGCCUUUUCGACCUUCAUUUCAGGUCAACUUGGCCUCCGUGUUGGCUUUGUGGGCCAGUGACUCGAUUGUG